GUUGCUGCCCCAAGAUUGUCAGUCGCGAUGGAGUCCCACAGUGAGGAGGCCGUGCCGUUCAAACAUAAGUUAGUCAAACACAAUGUCAUCAAAUUCGGUUAUAUGCACUUAGCAGCUCUGUACGGAGUGUACCUGUGUUUUACUUCAGCUAAAUGGCAAACACUAUUAUGGGCGUUUUUGUUGUUGGAAUUCGCGAAGAUCGGAAUCACUGCUGGGGCGCACCGGCUGUGGUGUCACCGGUCCUACAAGGCUAAAUUACCUUUGGAAAUCAUCUUGCUGAUAUUCAACAGCAUCGCUUACAUGAACACGGCCACUUACUGGGUAAGAGAUCAUCGAGUUCACCACAAGUUUGCUGAUACGGACGCCGAUCCGCAUAAUGUUAAUCGCGGCUUUUGGUUCUCCCAAAUCGGGUGGCUUUUCGUCAGGAAACACCCAGACGUCGUCGAAAAAGGAAAGACAGUUUUCAUGGACGACAUACAUAAGAAUCCUUUGUUGAGGUUCCAGAAAAAAUACGCUUUCUUCGUCAUCGGAUUAUGGGCGUACGUGAUACCAACUGUGGUGCCCAUGUACUUUUGGGGUGAAUCUUUGAACAACUCGUGGCACAUCUGCACCAUGCUUCGCCACGUUCUGACAAUCAAUCAGAUUUUCCUCGUGAACAGUAUCGGUCACUCCUGGGGGAACAAACCUUAUGACAAGAACAUUAGGGCGGUGGAAAAUAUCGCUGUUUCUUUGAUGUCGACAGGGGAGUGCUUCCACAAUUACCACCACGUGUUCCCGUUUGAUUACAAAGCGUCAGAGCUUGGUAUGACUAAAUUCAAUGCAGCUACUAUGUUUAUCAACUUCUUCGCGUGGCUCGGAUGGGCUUAUGACUUGAAGACAAUACCUGAUGAGCUGAUCAUUGCGAGAUCUAAGAGAACUGGCGACGGAAGAAAUCUGUGGGGCUGGGGCGAUGUAGAUCAAACAGAGGAAGAAACUAAAGGUGUUAAGUAUUUGUAUACGAAAGACGCGAAAAAGAUUGACGAUUAGGAGUUCGUGUUUUUUU